AAUUGUGUUGGAAGGCUAGGCAGAAGGUGGUACGCACAUUCCUCUUGGAUCUCAUUCAUUCAAUUCAAUUCAUUCAUUCAUUAUUUCUUUGACCUAACCAAACAAACCCUUUGACGCCAUUUUCUCCUUCACCACUUGUUCCUAUUCUCAAGGUAUUUCCAUACUCCAUUUUUAUAUCUUCAAUUAUUCUUAUUUCUUUCUCGUUCUUUCUGCAAAAUUAGGGUUUCUAUUUUUUUUUCUCCCAAUUCGUUGUUUUGGGGUUUUAUACUUCAACUCUUUUGAUUCUAAGUGUAGCGUAGGAUCCCAUUUUUUAUGGCAUUUGAGUUCCCGCAGAGUACUAAGGUUUCUCACAAUUUGGUUGAAAAUCCAAGCAUUCACAUAGACAUAGACAUAGUUAAGUCGAAUCAAGAACCCAAUUCCAAACUUGAAUCUAUAAAGCGCGAUAAUUUCAAGGGAAAAUCGAAAUUGAGUUCCAAGAAAGGAAUCAAAGCCUCUGCCACUGAUUUGAAUCAAUCAUCAGUUCCUGGUGAUGUGGUUAUUGCUUCGCGUAGGUCCAUAACCGACCUUCCUCCGGUUUUGAUAUCUGAGAUUCUUAAUUGCCUUGAUCCCAAAGAUCUUGGAAUUGUUUCAUGUGUCUCCACGAUUCUCCAUAGUCUUGCUUCUGAGCACCAUGCUUGGAAGCAAUUCUAUUGUGAUAGGUGGGGACUCCCAACAGCUCCUGCGGCCCUGGAUCCUGGAGAUGGGGUCGCCGAUUCCGAUGAGAAGUCAUGGAAGGAGAUUUUUGUGGAGAGAGAGUUUAGGAGUAAGACUUUUAUGGGACGGUAUAGUAUGGAAGUGUUGUAUGGUCAUACUGAGGCUGUUCGGACUGUUUUUUUGUUGGCUUCUGCAAAGCUCCUAUUUACCUCUGGUUAUGACACUGUUGUGAGGAUGUGGAACAUGGAAGAUGGGUUGUCGAUUGCAUCGUCUAAACCCCUUGGUUGCACCAUUCGUGCGGUUGCAGCAGAUACACGACUAUUAGUUGCUGGUGGUACUGAUGGGUUCAUUCAUUGUUGGAGGGCUGUUGAAGGAAUGCCCCAUCUGUUUGAUCUGAGAGGCUCACCACAAAACCAGAAUACCGAGGUUCGACUUUGGGGUCAUGAUGGUCCGGUUACUUCACUUGCUUUCGAUUUGACGAGGAUUUACAGUGGCUCUUGGGAUACGACUGUUCGUGUGUGGGAUCGACACUCGAUGAAAUGUAUGGUGGUGCUGAGGCAUAGUGACUGGGUUUGGGGACUUGUCCCUCAUGAUACUACAGUUGCCAGCACGUCGGGUUCAGAUGUGUAUGUUUGGGAUACUAAUAGUGGAAGUUUGGUGACCAUUGUUCAAAAUGCUCAUGUUGGUAAUACUUAUGCUUUGGCAAGAAGCCUUACAGGGGAUUUCGUUUUUACUGGAGGUGAGGAUGGUUCGAUACACAUGUACGAGAUUGUACACGAUAGCUAUGUGACUGAAGCUUUGCAUGUUGCUACAUGGGAUCCUCAUUCUGGUCCUGUGUAUUCCCUUGCCUUUGAGUUUCCUUGGCUUGUUUCCUCGAGUGAUGGCAAGCUGGCUCUAAUUGACGUGAGGAAGCUGCUGCGGACGAGCAAGCGCUCUCUAGGGAAGAGAGCUACAAAGGCAAAGCAUUCUGGUGAAGUUAAUGUAGAGCCUCCACAGAGGAUGUUACAUGGAUUUAAGAGCAAUCUUUACUCGGUAGAUAUAGGAGCUGAUCGAAUUGUCUGUGGUGGUGAAGAAGGCGUUGUCAGGAUUUGGAAUUUCACAGAAGCUUUGGAAACUGAACGCAGGGUCCGUGCACUGAGAGGAUUACGAUUAGAAAACAGAAUGAGACGGCGUAAGCUCCAAACAGAUUACAACAGUAAAGGUGGUAGGAGUGAUCAAUGUUCAGUUGUGGCCAAGAAGAAUUCGGUGACAUGUAUUUGGCCAAGUAAACGUGGGAUGAGUGGAAAAACGAAGGCAUAGUGAUUGAUACCUAAAUCAAUGUAUACUGUAUUUUAGAUUUAAGGUGGUAAUUUGACCAAUUAAGUUUCUCUUUUUGUAUUAAUAUGUUUUAAUGAUCAGUAUUAAUACUAGCAAUCAGAUCAGACCUAUUUCAUUCUGUAUAAUGACAGAAUUUCAUUCGGUAUAAUGACAAUAUUUCUUUGAGAGAAUUGUUUAAGACAGAUUUUUUUUUUCA